ACCCUAAGCCCGACUCCACUUCCUGCCUUCCUCAUCUUUGCCCGAUCGCGGCGUUGUCGUGUCGGGGAGAGCGAUGUCGCCUAAGGUGUCGGCGCUGGAUAUGCCAGACGUGCCGAUGGGGCAGCUCCCGGAGCACCUUCACCUCCAGCGGACCCGCGUCGUCUGUAAGGCCGACGCCCCCAUCCAUCGUACGGUUCUCAUCAAUUAUGGCGGGUGGAUGAGUGGUUAUUUCCCUCUGCAUAGCGUGAAUUUUGACAGCAAAAGGCAUUCUUGUGGGAUUCCAUGUGAUGAGGAAAUCUUUGAGACAGAAGGUAUUCAGUACUCUGGUGCUUAUGCAUCGAUUGGAGUUGACAAUAGUGUGGGUGUGGACAGUUUCUGCAAGAACUUUAAGGUCAAAGUUGUCAGGCUUACUAACGACGAGAUUGAAUUUGAUAUGAUUGGCAUUGAUGCUUCGUUGGCUAAUGCAUUCAGGAGGAUCCUUAUUGCCGAGGUCCCUACAAUGGCCAUCGAGAAAGUCCUCAUGGUCAAUAACACAUCCGUUGUAGCGGAUGAGGUGCUUGCCCACAGGCUGGGUCUCAUUCCACUUAAUGCUGACCCAAGGCUAUUUGAGUAUCUCUCAGAAAAUGAUGCUCCAAAUGAACGGAAUACUAUUGUCUAUAAGUUGGAUGUGUCGUGUAAAAAAGGCAGUCCACGUGUUACAGUUAAGUCAGAUCAAUUGAAGUGGCUGCCACAUGGCAGUGAACUUCAAAUGGAUUCCCAUGACAUUUCUGCGAAAGCAAAAAGCUAUACCUCAUUCAGCUGUAUUCAAGAUUCCCUGCCAGAAUUUUCAAAAAAGCCACUCGGUGUGAAGUUUGAUGACAUCAUUAUUGCUAAACUUGGGCCAGGCCAGGCAAUCGAGCUUGAAGCUCAUGCUGUUAAAGGCAUUGGCAAAAUUCAUGCCAAAUGGUCUCCUGUGGCUACAGCAUGGUACCGGAUGCUUCCCGAGGUUUCUCUAUUGAAAGAAGUCACCGGUGAUGUUGCUGAGAAGCUUGUAAAGAAAUGUCCAGUUAAUGUCUUUGAUAUUGAAGACCUCGGAAAUGCAGGUGGAAAGAAGGCAGUGGUAGCGAACCCGCGUGCCUGUACACUGUGCAGAGAAUGCAUUCGGGGGGUAAAUGAAGAACUUGUGGAACUAAGACGCGUUAAAGAUCACUUUAUCUUUACUAUCGAAUCCACUGGGGCUUUAUCACCAGAAGAGCUAUUCAUUGAAGCUGUGAAAAUAUUGGAAGACAAAUGCGACCGGGUGAUAUCUGAACUCUCUUAGUACAUUCUCUGGAUUUAUAUGUGCAGUAUUAAUUUGAAAGAAGAAACUUUGGCAAUGGAGACGAGGACUGGGCACAAGGUUCUGCUCAUCAUGGUCGGACUAUAGGAUGAGAGUUUAUUGGAGUCAAAAUUUGUAUAUUUUCUAGUGGCCUGCGUUGCUUUUUCUUUUUCUUUUGACGUAGCAUUGCAAUAUACAUUUGAACAAGUGUUCUUUUCAAAGUGCUUAGCUAUGUCACUCACUGGCCGAGACAA